UUUCGGAGCUAAAGGACGCAGCAGCUAAAGCAGCAGUAGCCGCAGCACUAGGAGCCGUCGUAGCAGCGUGAAACCAGCCUCCGAAUAUUCGGAUUCAGUGACUUGAAAGGCCCCCUUCCCCCCAGAGCCUUGUAGAGUCCAGUGCAGUGCUAGAACAAUUGAAAAUUUAUGAAUAACUGCCGUGAAAGACUGGAGGCUAAAAAACUGAAAAGUUAUUUGCGAAAAUAAACCGAAAGGAUAUAUAGUGAGGCUGUGAAAGGCUCUGCAAGGACCCUUGGAUUACCUUGCGGGGCGAGUGGAAGCGCGAGUGCCAAACGCCGCCGGACUCGCAGGAGAGAUUGGGAUUUUGAGAUUGAAAGGCAGAGACCCACUUGAGUGCGCUGGAAACCUGCUGCUGGCGUUUGUCGCAUUUGUUUGUUUCGGUGCGGCGGUGGGACGAGCAGGGCAGGGCAAGGACAACAAGGACGACGAGUCCUGCGGCAGCGGCAGCCGCAGAAAAUGGCCGCCUCGACAGCGGCAGCCACAGCGCCCGGCCACAAAUGAGUGCAACUUGCCGCGGCUCAGGACGAAGACGCUGCAGCAGAGGAUGAUGCUGCCACGCCGAGUUGCCACAACGACAGCAGCACAAUAGCAGCAGCAGCACCAACAAUGCCAAGUGCCAACCACGCCGAGCAGCGAAAUUAAGUGCCAAAGGCAACCACCGAGACAAGCGCGACAGAAAGCGAGAGAGACUUUCAUCAAAACUGAAAUUUGCAUAAAAAACAAAAGGAACAAGGACCUGCAUCUCCUGGUCCUCGAAGAACCUGUAAGAAGGCGGGCCCAGCAUCGCGGAGACAUGUCGGCGACACCCUGGUUGCUCCUCCUGCUGGCCACCGCCGGCAGCACCUUGGGCGGGCCCCUGCACCACCAGGACCUGCCGGUGGCCGUCUCCCCCACUCCGACGGAGCCCGGAGUCACGGUCUCCAGCCAAUCCAACCAAACGCCAAAACCCAACGAGUCAGCCCAUGUGGCUACACAAGUGCCAACCACGCCAGCACCACUGGGCAGCAACAGCACCACUGCACCACCUUUAAGUAGAACAAGCAGCACCACUGAAGCAUCCACAGUUGCUCCACCAGUACCCAAGGAAGUCAAGGAGGACCUGCAGUGGCUGCACCCACAACCACCGGCGGUGGUGCAGCUGCUGGAGUUAGAGAACACAGAGGCACCUCCACCACUGGACAGCGGCCACGAUGGCAGGAAGCUGACCAAGAAGAAGCAGCUACAGCAGCAGCACUUUCCCAGCGGCAGCACCACUCCAGCAGGCAGCACUCCAGCUAGCACCACUCCGGAAAGCACCACUCCGGCAAGCACCACUCCGGAAAGCACCACUUUGGCAAGUACCACCCCAGCUAGCACCACCACGACUAGCACCACAGUGACCACCACCACGGCAACCACUACCAUAGAGACGGAGGUGGAGAGAGUGCCCACAACCACCCCCGAAAGGAUAACUGAAAGCAGCACCACACCGGAGAUUACUGUCGAGGAAGAGGAAGCGAAGAGCAGCAGCGCCACCCCCUCUACGACCCCCACCAAGCCACCGCCCUCCGCCACGCCCCUGCUGCCGGUGCACAACGGCUAUCUGGGACCCAUUUUCAUGGGCGAGAAGACCUUCAGCGUGGUGCAUCCUCUGAGGAAGCCGCAGCCGCCGAACCACCAGCACGUGGCCUCCAUCGAGAGCCAGCUGAAGAACGGCCGGUUGGUGGAAAUCCUGGCGCCGACGGCUCUGCUGGAGCAGCAGGUGCCGGAGACCACCACGGCGCCAUCGCCACCGCCGGGCCUCACCGCCUCCGUGCUCUCCACCACCGUUUUCCAGGUGCCCGAACUGCAGACCAGCACGACCCGCCUGCCGGGCACCACCAACGGCGGCGAGCGCACCGAGUCCAAGAUAUCGGACAUCCAGAUCGAGGUCUACGACUCCACGGUGGACUCCAUAGUGGCCUCCACGAACUUCCGGGACAACGAGGGCUUCUACGCCCCGUCUCCGCUAGAAACAGGACCGGGCACCACCAAACCACCCCGGGAAGUGCCGCAGGAGCGGUUCACCCAAUACGUCAUCGAUCGGGCGGACGUGUCUACGCAGCCCGCGGGCGGAGGCGCUCCCGGGCUGGGCAAGCCCGAGCCGGCGGCCAUCGAGAUCCACAUCAACGUCUCCGAGGCAUUCGGAAGCGAGAGCGAGGACCUGGAGUUCUCCUACCGGCAGCCCAACGACAAGUCCGGCUCCUCGUCCCUCGGAAAGACAGGCGGGGACGAGAUCCUGGUGGUGGAGAUCAUCGACAGUGGCUCCGACAACAGCAGCUCCGAGUCUGGAUCCCUGGCCGGCAGCUCCGCCUCUUCGGAGCACCUGAAUCCUAUCUUCACGUUCCGCAACUCGGACGCGGCGGCAGCACCACCGCCCCCCGUACGUCCUCCGCAAGACACCACCGCCGACGAGCUGUUCCUGGCUGAUCCUAGGCCGCCGCCACCGCCACCUCCGCCGCCGCCGAGAAAGCCCAGCAUUGACCGUGACUCGGACACCAUAUUCUACAUCUCGAACACGGAGGUGAAGGUGGGCGAGUCCCUGCCCACGGUGCUGCCCGGAGGCGGCGGAGCGGAGCAGCGCAAGUACCAGCUGGAGAACCAGUUCUUCCCCCUCCAACAGCCGGCGCGCCCCUCCGAGGAGGACAUCAUCCUCUCGCCCUCGCCGCGCCACAGCGCCGACUCCUCGCUGAAAAUCUUCCGCUCCAGCUCGGGUUCCGUGUCCGGGAGCAGUGGCGACGGAGCUCCACCUUUGGACGUAACCUACGUGGGCGAGUCCGUAAUUGAGGUGGAGCAGCAGCAGCCGGUGCAGUCCACGGUGGCACCACAGCAGCAGGACAUCAUCAUCCAGCCGGCCGUCCUGCCGGACCUGGCCAUCGGAGUGCCGGUGAUCGGGGAGCUGCCGCCGCAGAUCGAGCUCAAGGAGAUCGACUACAUGCCCUCGGACCUGGGCGGGAUGUUCGACGCGGACCUGCACGGGAACAGCAUCGACAGUGAGCCGGACGUGAUCGAGAGCUCCAUCCAGUACGGUGGGGACCUGAUCGACGACGGAGCUGGCGGAGGCUUUGACGGCGUGGAGGGUUCCUAUCCCUUCGAGAGUCCCUCGCACCGCCAGCAGGGACUGAGCCACCUGCCGAACCGCCCGCUGGACAGCCACCUGCACCGGGACCAGCUCCCAGUGGCGGAAAUGGUGAAUGCCACCCUCCUGCAGAGCGAAGCGGGUGCGGGAUCUGGAUCUGGAUCGGGUUCUGGAUCGGGCUCUGGCUCGGCCUCGGCCAUGGCUCCUCUUCUCUCCGGCAGCCGGACCAUGAACGCCACCGGUCUCUCCGACGAGUCCAUGGGCGACUACGAAGGAUUCUUUAAUGUGUUUGCCGUGUCCACGGGCCUCAUCAUCGUCAUCCUGCCCUCGGCCCUGCUGGUGUCCAUGUACUGCGCCAUCAGGUAUGUGCUGAACAACAAGAACUCUUCAUCUGGCGGCGCGGGAGGCGCCCAUGGCGACGACAGCGAACAGGGCCAGGACUCCAAGCACGAGGACAUCUCCCGCAACGCCCGGGAGACCAAGAUGCACACCGACAAGGACGGCGUCUUCGUGGUGGAGGUGGCCCGCGGCAUCGACUCCAAGAACCUGCAGCCCGGCGAGGCCCCCGCCUCGAGUCUGGAGACCACGGAGCUGCCCUUCGACACCAAACUGACGGCCAAUGGACUGCACCACCUGGACGAGCAGUCGCUGCCCCCCAGCCACGAGCAGGUCCAGAUUCAUGCUCCGCCGCAGGACUUUGCCGGCACCGGACUAGCCCCCCUCCACCUAAUUGAGGAGGCCUCCGAGGAGCAGGCCCAGGAACCAGAACACGACCCUGAGGUCCACGCCCGCACCGGCCUCUCGCAGUCGGACCUGAGCUCCACCUCGUCCGGGGACUCGAACAAGCGCUACUCCUACGGCAACCAGGAGCUCUACGUCAUCGAGCAGCCCGGCUACGCCACCAGCUCUCCCACGGCCAAGCCCAUCCUAGUGACCCCCAAGGAGGCUUCUCUAAUGGAAGGAAACACUGGCGAGGAGGUGAAGGAAGUCAAGAAGUCAGAGCCUGAGACCUCAGAAAACCAAGAGGUUCCAGCUUCAAAGAAACCAGAACUCUUUGAAGAGAAACCUCCAGUUGAAAAGAAAGAGGAGCCGGAAGCUCCAGAGGAAAAGAAAGAAGAGACUCCCCCACAGACCGAAGAUCAGCCAGAGCCGGAGAAGGAAGAGGAAAUCAAAGAAACAGAGUCAGAAUCAAAGCCAGAAGUUAAAAAUCCAGACGUGGAAGAACCUAAGCUGGAGGAAACCAAACGGGAGGAAAAUAAGCCGGAAGAAACCCAAACCCUCGCAGAAACCGAAGCCGAGAGCAACUACGACAGCCUGAUGAGCCUCCCGGCACCUCCAUCCACCGAGGAGAUCAAGGAGCUGGGCGACUACGCCACCACCGCCCUCCUGGAGUCCAGCCAGAUGGACUCGCUGCCGCCGCCACCCCCGCCGGCGAUGCAGGAGCAGUCGGAGAUCAUCGUGGCCAAUGGAAAUGGCAUUGGAAACGGCAAGGACCUCGACUUGGACGCCGGCGAACCCACCACCCUAACGCCGCCCGCCUCGCCGCCGUCAUCGCCGCCACCACCCAGCACCACCGGAUGCGGGGGCCUGGCCAACGGAAUCCACGCCAUUCCCACGGCGGUGGAUGUGAACGGAAGUUAAGACGGAACCGGAUCCGAAGGCGGAUUGGGGUAAGCAAGGCAUUUUUUUUUUUUCGCACUCGGCGGUCAGAUCUCCAAGAGAUCUAGGUCUAGAUUCUAGGAUGUAAGGAUUACUAGGAGUACUGACACCCACUCGGGCGGACGGGAGAGCUCGGAAAGCAGUUCCCCGCAAACCGUAAAUUAAUACGAAAAUAGAGAGACAACUUUUUCCACUUACUGUUUGUUGAUUUUCAAAUAUAAUAGAAUAAUAGCAAUUAAAUGCGAUUAAUAUAAAAAAAAACGUGAAUAAAUCAUAAUUAAUUGUUUGUCUAUUUGCGGCCGGCGGCCCCCUCCCCCCGCAAUGACCCGCCAAAAACCAUCAACCACCCACCACCCACUCCAGAAGAAGCAAAAACCAGACGAUGAACUGGGGAAGGGGCCGGCCGACUAACGAGUAUUUCAAUGUCUAUAACUACAGUACA